AGUAUUUUAGGGGCUGGGAUUAAAGAUGCACUGCAGCAUAAGGAAUGAUCGACCCCUGGGCGACAUGCCAUCCCAUUGGGGGAGGGUCACGAGAACAAGAAAGCAUUCAAUGCCUCGUAAUUUGCUGAUUGCAUGAAGUAAUCGAUUUUGAGUCUAACCCAAUUUCUUUUUUCUUAUAGUUUAUAUUAUGUUAUUUGGUUUUUGUUUUGUUUCAUUUCAUUUUAUUGGUUCCCAUUUUGUUUCUUCAAUUACUACUGCCGAGGUAUUUUUGUUUACUCUGGUCCCAAGUCGACUCGAGUCCUCACCUCAUCAACUCAUCAUGAUCAUACACAUCCCAGUCAACCUCGCUGUAUGUAACCUUCCGCUUUCGGUUUUCGGUGAUGUGGUCAAUAUAAAUAAGCACAUGUAUGGCCGAACCUAAUUAUUACCUCGUGCCGUAUUUGGCAUCCCACGUAUACUUUUGAUAUCUAUGUCACUGCUGAAUUGUGAAACAACGACGAUCGCACUUUAAGCAUCCCGAUAGCCAGUGAUCUACCCCGAUACAACUAGGCUGCUUUGGGUAUAUCUGCAUCGUAGCUUAGUAUCAAACCUACAUGCCGUGAUCAAGCAAGACUACUAGUAUUAUAGGCCGACGGGAAACUUAAUCGAACCAUCGUGUAUCCACGCGAAUCAAAGCACUCGAAGAUAAGCAUUUCAUAUUUAUUUAAUUUUUUUUAGUGG